AUGGAUGAAGUGAAAAUAAUGCUUGAAACAAACCAAUUUGAUAUACUAGCUGUCUGCGAGACGCAUCUUAGCAAGAAAAUAGGUAACAGACAGCUACAAGUUGAUGGAUAUCGAACCAUUCGACGAGAUCGUCCCGAUGGCAGAAGGGGUGGUGGAAUGGUGGUCUUUGUAUUGAAAACUCUGACUGCAGUACACUUGAAACAUUUGGAUCAUGAGAAGAUAGAAGCUAUAUGGCUAAGAAUA